CUUAUGUUAACUACCAGCAGGACAUUUUACCCGACCUUUACCGACCUUUACCGAGCUUACCGAGAUUUCAGGAAAUCACCUUGAGCGCCAUUAAUGUCUCCGUCAGAACUAUCACAUGCGGUGGUCGCAGGAGCUGCCCUAGGGUUGGGCUACUAUCUUGGGUCACGAAUAUGCACCCAGGACACCGCCGUACCUGCCACUCAACCUAUACCUAUACCACCGUCGGAGCCAAAGGAUAAAGAACCACCCAAGGUCGAACCAGAGGUAGAUAGUGAAGAAGAAGAAGAUGCGCUUGCAGAUGGAGAUCUUGGCGCGGUCAAGGCAGGGUUCAUGCAACCUUGCAAAUUGGUCUUGGUCGUGCGAACAGAUCUCAAAAUGACCACUGGGAAAAUAGCUGCACAACACGCAACACUAGCAUGCUACAAGGCAUUAUCGAGGACAAACCCUGCGCUCGUACAACAUUGGGAGAGGACUGGCCAAGCUAAAAUUGCUCUCAAAUCCUCGUCAGAGGACGAGCUCCUUGAACUCGAAGCAAUCGCCAAAAGUCUCAAUCUCUGCGCUCGAUCGAUACUGGACGCUGGUCGUACACAGAUCGCAUCAGGUUCCCGCACUGUUCUCGGUAUUGGUCCUGCGCCCGUAGAUCUCAUCAAUCAGGUGACAGGCCACCUGAAGCUCUUGUAGUUCCGGCGGGUUUCUUAUUUACAUGCUGUACAAGACGGCGAUGCCAAUUGUACACCUGCAUCACGCAGUCAGCCGUUUUAAUGCGAGGAUAGUGCAGUGUGAUAUAGUGCAAAUGAGUGGCUUCCUUUACGUCUUCGCUCGUUCCCGUCCUGUCGUUUCGAGGGCGUCUCUGAAAUGGCCGGUCUGGGUACAAGUCUACCGGAGAUUCCAGGUCUGCGCCCAUUGUUAGUGCAGCAAGGGACUUCUCAGUUCACACUUGGGACCUCAAGACCAAUCAGCCAGUUGGAGACCCACUCGUGCAUGACAAUGAACUCUCGACUGUUGCUAUAUCCCCUGAUGGAA